UGUAUAUUUUCAGCGUGAUGGGCGAUUUAAGCUGGAAAGACUUUCUGAGUCAGGCUAAGCAGUUUCUUGGAAUUUCCCAGCAAUUGGGCGAUAGUUGGAUGCUGGAGGAAAAAAACUCGGAUGAGCCCAACACCUUCCUUAAGUUUAGUCAAAAGAUUAAAUGCAAGGGGGGCAAGGAUAAUUCAGAGGAGUUGCUGAAUGUGGAGUACCACGUUGUUUUUAGUGUAUCCUAUCAAGUACCUAUGAUGUUUUUCCAGGCACACAGAUCAGAUGGAAGCCUUCUGGACUUGGAGGCUACUUGGCAACUGUUUAUGCCGGAAACAAAAGCCACUGAACUCUACCAGAUUCUUACUCAAAUGGACCAUCCUGUGCUUUUUAGACCUUUCAUGGCACUGCAUCCAUGUCGCACCGCCGAGGUGCUCAAACAAUUCGGACAGCCCAGCAGUAAUCAAGUUCUCACCUUUAUAAGCCUUUACGGACCCCAUGUGAAGUUGCACCUUCAAAAUGCCUACGGUCUCAGCCAAGAUUACACAUAAUUUACAUUUAUUGGUGGUUGUUUUAAACAUUGGUUAUAGGAGUAUACAUGUGUGGAUAAUAUGGCAUAUGUAAUUUACAGUUUUACAUUUCAUUCGCUAUCUUAAACUGGUUUGACCUUUGCAUUGAAUAUACUAUAUUUGAGGGCAUUGUGGGUCCCCAUUUCUUCUAGUACUUGGCACACGUGAAGAUCCAAAUUGUACAAUAUAUACGGGCAAACUUUUAUGGGAUAUAGUUAUAUAGCGACCACUCUAAACGUCUCACCUUGGCCAAUCUAAAUACGAAACAAAGUACUUUAAUAAACCUACGAAAGGAACCAAACUUUGUACACAUAUUAUAACUCCGCUUGGGAUAUAUUCUUCUACUUAUGCUUUAAAUAUUAUAGGGCUAACAUAGUAUAACUUUGCAAGUUCCACUCGCUUUCAUUGUUAAUUUCACUGGUAAUAUCAACUAGUAGUUACUUGUUCAAUUAUUUCAUAGUUUCAAUAUAGGGCUAUUUUUAGACAGGUAUAUGCUUAGACCUAAUUGUACUGUACACAAGCGUGGCCUUAGUUGAGCCGCUUUGCCUUGCAUUUUACUAAUGUUAAGUGGUUCAUUUAUAAUUAAUGUUAACUGGCUACUGUGUGGCAUUAGCGGCACCCCGGCGCCGACACAAAACUCCCCUGUUCCUGGCGAAACCGAGGUAUUGCGGGCUCGAGGAAUCGCAUUGAAAAUGUUUAUUUGCAAAAUAAAUCGAUUUUAUGUAUAUUACGUUAGUUUGCAAUUGUAAUCCGACAGAAUACACGUUCACGUACAUUGAUAUAAUAUCUUUUCUAUUGACAGGCUAUCGUGCCAAAAGACGGAUGGUGUGUGGAGUAUGAACAUCCUCUAGAGGAAGUUCAUGGGUGACUAGAAUGGCACGGACGAGGAGAACUCAAUUAAGACUCGAGAAGUGGCUAAGAUAAUAUGAAUUUUUCUAUUCCCAAGCAG